UGAAAAGCCUCUAGUCAUGUGCAUAUAUAUGUGUGACGUCAUUGUGUCGAAUAAAACGCGAAUACGCGCUAUAAGAGACGCUCGAUACAGUUUCACGAGGGUAAUGUAAGAGCAGCGGAGUCAUAAACAAAGACUGGUGGCUGUACUUGCAGUAGCAACAGACCGUCUAAGCUAGAACGGUUGAGACUCGGAGCGUUUUGAAGUCGGACAGGUAUCGUUAUCGCAAAACGUGAUUGAUAAACCUCGCGCGUAAAGAACGCAGCUGAACACCAUUUGCCAUGGAAACCAUUGGCAACAUUUCGGACUUUUUCUAUGCGCUUUCUAACCCGGCGAUGUCGAACAGCAGCGUAUUCUGCCGAAACUUCAGCAACAGCUCCAGUCUCGUGAACAUGAACAGCUCCAGAUGUGACAGGACGGCUGAGCUGGACAAAAGCUCAACUCCUGUGAUAGUGGCGAUCAUCAUCACUGCGCUGUACUCUAUAGUGUGUGUGGUGGGACUGGUGGGCAACGUCCUCGUCAUGUAUGUUAUUAUAAGAUACACCAAAAUGAAAACUGCGACCAACAUCUACAUCUUUAACCUUGCUUUAGCAGAUGCCUUAGCGACAAGCACUCUACCGUUCCAGAGUGUGAAUUACCUGAUGGGUACGUGGCCCUUCGGAGACGUGCUGUGCAAGAUCGUGAUGUCCAUUGAUUACUACAACAUGUUCACCAGUAUCUUUACCCUCACCACUAUGAGUAUCGACCGUUACAUUGCUGUUUGCCACCCGGUUAAAGCCCUGGACUUCAGAACCCCCCGUAAUGCCAAGAUUGUCAACGUGUGUAACUGGAUCCUCUCAUCUGCCAUCGGUCUCCCUGUCAUGGUCAUGGCCUCCACUACUAUUGACUACCACAGCAGUCCGUUUGGCAUUACUGACUGCACUUUGCUCUUUCCCCAUCCUUCCUGGUACUGGGAGAACCUCCUGAAGAUCUGCGUCUUCAUCUUCGCCUUCAUCAUGCCCGUCCUCAUCAUCACCAUCUGUUAUGGCUUAAUGAUCCUCCGCCUGAAGAGUGUACGCAUGCUGUCUGGCUCCAAGGAGAAGGACCGCAACCUCCGGCGCAUCACCCGAAUGGUUCUGGUAGUGGUGGCAGUUUUCAUCGUCUGCUGGACACCGAUCCAUAUUUUCGUCAUCAUCAAGGCCCUGGUGACCAUUCCCAACUCGCUCCUGCAGACCGUCACCUGGCAUUUCUGCAUCGCCCUCGGCUACACCAACAGCUGCCUCAACCCAGUGCUCUACGCCUUCUUGGAUGAGAACUUCAAGCGCUGUUUCCGCGAGUUCUGUGUUCCCAGUCCAUCUGUGCUGGACCUCCAGAACUCCACACGCAGUAGGAACCCCCAGCGCGAGGGCCAGUCCAGCGGCCACACGGUGGACAGGUCGAAUCAGCAGGUAUGACUAGUCAUGGAAAUGUCAUCACUGGAGUCCCGCUGCCAGCCCAGUGUUGACAUGAGCUCGGAUGCCACACAGGUCACCACGGGUGUCUAACACCUUCACCUAUAGAAGCUCUUUAAGCGUCUUGCUAGCUUUUUCACAAUUUUGGUAUGGAGAAAGACUGUUGAAGUAGAUUUCGAUGUGAAGUACAAAAUAUAUUCUAGAUUACUGACCCCAAUAAGCUGAGCUUAUUUCACUAUCUGUGAUGUUCACAGCCAUGCAUCCAAUGUGUCCUUUAGUUUAGUCCAGCAUUCAAGAACUGGGUUUAUUCACUGUAUAGAGUUGCAUCUUAAGUCCCCUUUAACAUUUAAAUGUUACUUAAAAUGCUAGAUGGAUGAUUAUUUCAUGAUUGAUAAUAUUGUUUUAUUUGUAGGAAGAAGAAAAUGUAUGAACUCACAGAAAAUGUAAAUGAUGUAUUUAACAUAAAAUGACAAUUCUUCUAAAUGUUCAGCCUUAAGUGUAUCUGUCUUUGCCUUAAAUUGUACAGUAUUUAAAUUUUCAAUUGCUUUCAUGGCCAGCGAAGCGAUUUGGUUAAGCCGUCUUCGGUUAUGUUCCUUUGGAGUGAUUGAAAUUAAUCAUCAAAUGACUGUUAGAUGUGACGUGCGUACUGUGUCUCUGAUUUACCAUGGACUUCAUAGAAAAGCUGAACACAAUAACAAAAACGCCUCUUGCAACAAUGAAUCAUUUUCAUGCUUCAGUGGUGACAAAUGUAUUGUGCUUGUACUCUGAUGCAAAUCUCUUGUACUAAUGUAAAUGUCCAGUGUAAUUGUCUGUUUGUCACUCACAUUGAGACAUUCUGUCUAAAAAAGGAAAUGUUAAUUGCUCUAAAAUACCUUGAAGAUCCAUGUGCAGGUGUUUCUAUAAGUUUUGAUAUGCAGCAUCAUAAAUAAAUAAUUCACACUAAAAUAUGUGUUUGUAGUGAGAUGGCGCUGCGUAAUUAAAUUUGAUUAGAAGGUUAUGCAACUAUAA